CUGCACUAUGGGACCCUCCUGGGCAGCAGAGCUUGUGCCCACAUGGCAGCAGCUGCCUGGGUCAGUGCCUUUCUCAAUGCUUUCAUGCACACAGCCAAUACAUUUUCCCUUCCCCUGUGCCAUGGUAAUGCCCUGGGCCAGUUCUUCUGUGAAAUCCCCCGGAUCCUCAAGCUCUCCUGCUCACACUCCAACUUCCUCAUAGAGAUUGGGCUCAUUGCUGUCAGUGCCUGUUUAGGUUUUGGUUGUUUUGUAUUCAUUGUUUUCUCCUAUGUGCAGAUCUUCAGGGCUGUGCUGAGGAUCCCCUCUGAGCAGGGACGUCACAAAGCCAUUUCCACCUGCCUCCCUCACCUGGCUGUGGUCUCUCUGUCUGUCAGUUUUGGCAUAUUUACCUACCUGAAACCCCCUUCCAUCUCCUCCCCAUCCCUGGAUCUGGCCCUGUCAGUUCUGUACUCAGGGGCCUAG